GAGUAAUAUGGCAAAUUAGGUUGAAUUCAAAUAACUUGGUUUCUUGAAAGGUCACGGUGAUUGGGUUACUACUGUCAUAACAAACUGAGAUCCAACUUAGGCUGACUUAGUCAUUUCAGGCUCAAGAGACAAAUCCAUUUUAGUUUGGAAACUAUUCAAACAACCUGAUGGUGAUUUAGCUGGUCAACCAAGAAAGCAAUUAAAUGGACACUCUCACUUUGUUAGCGAUUUAGUAUUGUCAAAUGAUAACAAAUAUUUAUUAUCUGCUUCAUGGGACAAGGAAUUGAGAUUUUGGGAUUUGGUUAAUGGAACAUGCACACAUAGAUUUGUUGGAAAUAAAAAGGAAAUCUUCACAUGCGCAAUGAGUCCAGACAAUAGAUAAAUUCUUUGUGGUGGAGCUGAACGAAAAUUUAAAUUAUACAAUGUUAAGGCUGAAGAAAAACUCACCUAAUAAAACCAUCUCCACUCUGAUUGGAUCAGCUCUGUCAGAUAUUCACCAAUAAUCAAAAAUAUCUAACCAUAUUUUGUUACAGUUGGUUGGGACGGUUGGCUCAAAGUCUGGAAUUAAAAUUUUACAAUCAGAUUCUAAUUCAAAGCUCAUGAUUCUUAAAUCAACAGCGUUGCCAUUAAUCCAUCUGGUGAAUACAUUGCUACUGGAGGUAAAGACAAGAAAUUGUACAUCUGGAACAUUACUGAUUUGAAGAAACCCGCUUUUGAAUACGAUGCCGGAGGAAUCAUUAAUUAAGUAAAUAGAAAAAUUUAAUAAAUAGCUCGCUUUCCAUCCUUAAUAAAAUUGGAUCGUUGCUGCCACAGAAAAUGGAAUAAAAGCUUGGUAAAUAUCAUAAGAGGAAAAAGUUGAAACCAAAGCACCUAUUGUUACUUUGGAUCACCACACUGAAAGUAAUAAUUACAAGUUAUCGUUAAGCUUUGGUUGCUGGAGGAGUUAAGAAGAUCUAAAAGCAUGGUGCUAUUUCUGUUGCCCUUGAUGCUAAUGGUGCUAAACUUUAUGGAGGCUUCACUGAUGGAUCAAUCUUAGUUUGGGAAGUUUCAACCAAGAAUUGAAAUCAUUAUGUACAUUACAACAAUUCCAAUAAACUUACGCUAUAGAUAUGACUUUAAAAGAGGUAGAAAGAGAAUUG